AAUAAUGAAUUAAAUCUUAUUAAAGGUAAUUACACUUCACUGAAGAUGGCGAAAGGUGUGGCGACUCAGGACGGCGGCAGAUCCAGAUGGCGGCAAGGGCACAACUGGAGGAUAGGAGACUCUAGGAAUAGGAAUCAGGGACAGGUAGAAUCGUUUUUCAUUUACAACUUCCCAGAGGAAUGGGAUGCGAAGACUUUGUGGUACCAGUAUCAGAAUUAUGGAAAGGAUAUGGAUCGGGUCUAUAAGCUGAGGGCAAGAGUGGCAUCUUCCAGGAGACAGCGAGAGAUAGGAAGGCAGAGGAAUGCGGGGAAGAAGACUGGGACGGACAGGGUACAGAGAAGUUUUGAGCAUCGAAGAAGUGCUAGGCUGAAAGAGGGCAUCAGAGAGCAGUGUUUUGUACAACCAGGUUUGUCAUACGUUCAGGCGGUAAUGGGGAAUUCAAGGAAACAUAGUGCUCUGGUCCUGAAUAAACAAGCAGAAAAGAAGGAGAAAUCUGCAGCUAUGGAUAGAAUAUCUAUCAUUCAAAGGAAGUCUGCGAGUAUUGAGGGGAAAAGCUCCGAGGAAAAGGAGGGAGUGGUGAACUCGGGUUUCAACAGGGAGGAAAUCAUUGAUUUCUGCCCAUUGGAAGAGGAGAAUGAAUGGUUGCAGGGGAGCAUGGUAGUAAUGGUUAAAUCCAUGUCAAUGAUCUCUAUUAUCCAAGAGAGAUUGGAUAUGGAUGGGGGUUUGAUAAAUAUAUCACCAUUGGGAGGGAGAACCAUACUAUUAACGGAGAGAUUGGCGGGGUAUUUGAAGGAAUAUGUGUUACAGCACAAAGAGUUAUUUGAGCUCUGGUGUGAGAAAAUACACCCAUGGGAUGAGGCACCUCAAAAUUAUGUGUUCGAUGCAUGGCAACAACACCCACAAUUUAGGAAGGCGGUGGAGGACAAAUGGAAGGAAUUAAAUGUGGAAGGGUAUGCUGGAUACAAAUGCUUGAAUAAGCUAAAGAGAUUAAAAGAAUUCCUAAAAGGCUGGAAUAAAGAGGUGUUCGGGAACAUGGAAGCACAAUUCAAAAAUGUUGCUGAAAAAGUUGAGAAGAUUGAUUUGAAAAACGAAAUGGUGGAUCUGGAGAGAAGCGAGGUGAAACAAAGGAAAGAAGGCUUUCAGCAGAUAUGGGACAUGUUGAGGGUUGCAAAUGGGAGAAAGACACUUAAUAGCAUCCAGGGAAUAAUGAGUGAUGGUCACUGGGUAGAGGAACCAGCUAUGGUUAAGAAAGAGGUGAUGUCGUACUUCCGCAAGAUGUUUAAAGAAGAUCCAUGGGAUCGGCCAAAGCCUUCAAAUAUUGAUUUCAAGAAAAUUUCUGAGGAGCAGAUGGUUUGGCUUGAGAGACCCUUCUCUGUUGAGGAGAUUGAAGAAGGAUUGAAGAGCUGCGAUGGAAGUAAAGCCCCGGGGCCUGACGGGUAUAACCUUAACUUCCUCAAAUUUUUCUGGAAUAGCAUUAAGGAUGAUUUUGUUGCAUUUUUUCAUGAAUUUCAUCAAAGUUGUAAACUAGUAAAGGGGCUGAACUCUUCUUUCCUUACGCUAAUUCCGAAAAAGAUGAAUCCUAGGGAAUUGAAAGACUUUAGGCCUAUUAGUUUGAUCGGUUGUGUGUACAAAAUACUGUCAAAGGUGCUAGCUAAUAGGCUUAAAAACGUUAUGUCAGAAAUUAUCAGUGAAACACAAUCUGCUUUCAUUGGGGGAAGACAAUUAGUUGAUAGUGUCUUGGUUUUGAAUGAAGUGGUGGAUGAGGUUCGGAAUAGGAAGACACCAGCUUUUGUUUUUAAGGCAGAUUUUCAAAAAGCCUACGAUUGUGUUAACUGGACAUAUCUGGAUUGGAUGAUGGAUAGAUUUGGUUUUAGAGCCAAAUGGAGGGGGUGGAUUAAGGAAUGCCUCUCAACAGCACGGGUAUUUUUGUGGGGUGGUGGGGAUGGGGGGAAUGAUGAGAAGAGGAAGAUAGCGUGGGUGAAAUGGGAGGAUAUCUGUGGUAGCAAGGUGAAUGGAGGACUAGGAGUUCCUGAUUUAAACCGUAGGAGAUGGAGGCAGGGUGGGUUUUUGGAGACAAAUAUGGGUGGGGAACAAUUCUUUAAGAGAUUCAUUCCCACGACUUUUUCAAUUAGCCACAAACAAGGAGGGCAUGGUUCAGGAGUACGGGUUUUGGGAAAAGGGGAUAGUUGGAGAUGGGAAAUAGGGUGGCGAAGAAAAAGGAUGGGUCGGGAGCAAGAUGAGGAAAAGGAGUUGUGGAAGGUAUCGGGUACUAUUCAGCUUAGGAAAUAUGUAGGUGAUUAUUGGAAGUGGAGGUAUGAUGUGGAGGGUAGGUUGGUGCCUUCUAAAGUGAGUAUUUUUGGGUGGAGAUUAUGCUUAGACAGACUCCCAACUAGAAGGAAUUUACAGAAACGAGGGGUGACCUUUCAGGGGGAUAAUAUGAUGUGUGGAUUAUGCAAGAAGGGGGUGGAGGAGGUAGAUCAUUUAUUUUGCACGUGCAUGGAAGCGUGGGUAGUUUGGGCUAAGAUGAUUAAGUGGUGGGGUAUGGAACUGGUGAUGCCGGAUACAGUGAAGGGUGUGGCAGAAACUUUCAUCUACGGGCUAGGUAGUUUGGUAGGUAAGGAGAUGGGAGCUUACAUUUUUCUUGUUACUGCUUGGUAUUUGUGGUAUAGGAGAAAUGUCUUGGUAUUUCGGAGGGAGGAGGAUAUUAGGGAGCAAUUGCUGGAGCUAAUUCAAGUUAAAACUCACUUUUGGGUAAGAAACAAGGUGGCUGGAUGUGUUUUUUCGUUGGUCCAGUGGCAAAGCAACCCGUUGGAGUGUGCAAGGGAGUUGAAGCGUUUCAAGAAAUCCCUGAAGAUGUUUAAUCAGCAACAGAAAUGACUUCAGUUUAGUUGAAGUGUGUUCUUUUCUGAUUUUUCUUGUUCUUUCGGGGUCUUCAUUUUUUGUGCCCCUGCAUUGUCUUUUUUCUUGUGCAGGGAGCUUUUGUUUUCUUUCUUUGUAAAAGGGCAGGAGUAUCUCUUAUACUCCAUUUAUCUUUUAUAUAAAAAUUCACUUUGCUG